GGUAAAAGGAUCCGAAAACACAACGGUGGCAUUUCGUUAUUCACACGUUGUGUGCAUCGCUUCAAAUCAAAAUGGCUGCUGGACCUCCGCAAGAGAGAAACCAAGAUGCCACAGUGUAUGUUGGAGGCCUUGAUGAAAAGGUAUCCGAAGCGUUAAUAUGGGAACUCUUCCUGCAGGCUGGUCCAGUGGUAAACACUCACAUGCCGAAGGACAGAGUUACCCAGCAGCAUCAAAGUUAUGGUUUCGUUGAAUUCAUGAGCGAAGAGGAUGCUGACUAUGCCAUCAAAGUCAUGAAUAUGAUCAAGCUGUACGGCAAACCUAUCAGAGUUAAUAAGGCCUCGGCGCAUCAGAAGAAUCUUGACGUGGGAGCCAACAUCUUCAUCGGUAAUCUUGAUCCUGAGAUUGAUGAGAAACUGCUCUACGACACAUUCAGCGCAUUUGGCGUCAUCUUGCAAACACCAAAGAUUAUGCGCGAUCCAGACACAGGCAACUCCAAGGGAUACGCAUUCAUCAACUUUGCGAGUUUCGAGGCUGCGGAUGCUGCCAUUGAGGCUAUGAAUGGGCAGUACUUAUGCAAUCGUGCAAUCAGUAUAUCGUAUGCUUUCAAGAAAGACGCCAAGGGUGAAAGACAUGGCUCGUCUGCAGAGCGUCUUCUUGCAGCUCAGAAUCCCCUGUCUCAAGCCGACAGACCCCAUCAGCUCUUCGCCGACGCACCGGCUCCAGCUCAACCUAACGGCCUCCCCCCUCCAAUUAUCCCCCCUCUAGGAGUACCACCCCCUCCCCCAGCCACCUCUGGUCCUCCUCUCGGUAUGCCCCCCAUUCCACCCCCAGGUGUACCCCUCUUACCGCCUCCUGGUGUACCUCCACCUGGGAUGUUCCCCCCAAACAUGCCCAUGCCCCCCUUCAUGCCAGGGAUGCCUUUCCCCCCGAUGGGUAUGCCACCUCCUCCUCCAGGGCAAGAUGGCCAGAACCAAGGAGGUCCUCCUCCUCGUGGGAUGCCUCCCAUGCAUCAUCUAGGAAUGGGCCCUCGAGAUGGUCCACCCGGUAUGUACCCUCCUCCAUUCCAAGGGGGUAGAAUGCCGCCAAGAGGCCCACCACCAUUUGGAAUGCGUGGAGGACCAAGAGGCAUGCCCCCUAUGCGUGGAAUGCGCCCUCCGAUGCGACCCCCUCAACGCCAUUUUGGACCUCCAAGGAAUUGGCAGGAUUCGAACCCACCACAACAAUAGUUUUGAGAAGCUGUUCAAGUUUAUAUCUUGGUUGACUCUUUGUUGUUUCUUGGAAAAUCAUAGUCAACAAAUUUCUUAAGAAACUUUUUUUUUGGGGGGGGGGGUGUUCAACCCCCCUGACCCAUGAUACCCCUCUACCGAAUGGUUCGCUACUAUGCGGAGACUUUGGGAACAAGAGUCAUGCCCCCAAUGGUGGCAGAUUUACCUUGUUAAUUUCCAAUGAUUACGUAGUUCUGAGCAUGUGCGCAUUACCGACAAUAAUGGAUUUACCUGGCAAGUCUGCUGCCACCUAGCGCUUCAAGAAUCCCCCAUUCCCAAACCUUGAUUUUCUGGUUUAGUUUGAGUUCUGAAGGUACUUAAUUUUGUAAUCAGAGGGGGGGGGGGGUACUCUUAUUCUAUUAUUUGAAACAAUAUAGCGCACAUAAUCAAAAGCUAUUUGCACAGUUGCCAACUCGCCCUGAUUCUGCAGAAGAUUUCCUGAAACUCGACCAAUCUUUCCGUGUUGGGAUGAACAAAUUUAAAAAUCUCCCUGAUUAUUGAAACUUGGUUCCUAUUAUGUUGAAUGUAGUCAUCUCCCUGGUUGUAGAAGAAAAACUCCUCAAUUGCAAGAUGCAAAUGUUCAGCGUUUGCAUGACCCCUCUGCACAAUUGUUGCUGGCAUUGUUUUUUUUUUUUUACUGUUUUGGGAGAAGUCUCACAAAAGUGUUUAGAGGGAAGGUACUCCUCAAAAAUGUUAUUGUAAAUUUUUUGAUUUUGGCAAAAUGUGUUCGAACGAUUGAUGUUAUUGAACAUGUUGCAUCUUUUUACACGCAUCUAGUCUAUGAGGAUUCUUUGUAAAUAUUUUUUUGUAAGAAAUUUUAAAUAUUUCUGUCACAGUUUUUAGGGUUUUUCUUUUUUUUGUAAGAAAUAAAGAGGAAUGUAAAUAGUACGGGAUGAGUAACCAUGUGUCAUGUCUUGGUACAAAAGCAUUUCUCAUGGAUUGAUUAAAUUAGUCUUGAUCCAAGACAUUAUUGAAGUGAUUCAUCAAUAGUCGGGCGAAGGUUUAACAUGAUGUCAUUGAUGAAUGUAAAAAAACAAACCAGCUUUUGUUUAUCCAUACUUCCAAUACCUUAGAAACAAACCAUCAGUCCAGACUUAUUACCAGACGAUAUUGCCAGUCAAUUAAAUUAAACAAUUAAGAAUGUAACUCCACCCUGGCUAGGACUACGGGGACCACCCAGCCCCAUUGACCUAAUUACCCACUACUCCGAUUUGACGGUCCGUGGCAAUUAAUUAAAUUUACUGACGAGAUGUAGUGAUAGUUGGAUCAUCGAUGUAA